CAUUAGCAUGAGAACCGUGAAUUAAUUUGGGAGCGCGAUACACUGCGGGCACUGAUGUAUGAUACACACUAAAGAACACUACAUGUAUCGACAACCUCUGAACAGGGCGAACGAUCCCGCGCACGCUCGCGGUGCAAGCUUGGCGUCGACGGUUCUCACGGCCGUCGGACUUAAGAUAACAUUCCGAUUGAUUACGGUGAAGUAGACUCGUCCAACAAUCUAUCGACUGAAUUACCGUCAUUCAGUCGUCUUCACAAAAUAUGACCACGGUUGGUCAUGAAGACCUAGGCGCUGCUCUCGCUGAGGACGAGUUUGUUAUCCCCACUUACAAUGAUAUCGGUGCAGAUGUCCCCGAAGAGAUCGCUAGUCAGCGAUGUACCUACCUAUGUGGUAAUUCACUAGGCCCCUUAGCUAAGCGAUCGCAAUUCUUGAUCCAAGAAGAACUCUGUGUAUGGGCAACGCGAGCCGUAGAGGGCCACUUUGACCACCCACACGGCCGCGAAUGGAUGACCAUUGCCGACACCGUCACACCCCUGUUGGCAGAUCUGGUUGGCGCCAAGGAUAAGGAAGUCGCCUGUAUGGGCACUCUGACUGCGAACUUACACCUGAUGAUGUCCGCAUUCUACAAACCCACUCCCAAUCGCUACAAGAUUCUAUGUGAAGGGAAAGCGUUUCCGUCAGACCAGUACGCCUUCGCAUCUCAAGCACUCUUCCACGGCUAUGACCCGAAAGACGCGAUAGUCGAACUUGGUCCCCGUGAGGGCGAGUUUACCCUCAGAAGUUCAGAUGUCCUAGAUGUGAUCGUUAAGCAAGGCUCGUCUAUUGCAUUGGUCAUCUUCAGUGGCGUACAAUACUAUACUGGCCAAUGGUUCCCCAUGAAAGAGAUCACCGAAGCUGCCAAGGAUCAGGGAUGCAUUUGUGGCUGGGAUCUGGCCCAUGCUAUUGGAAACGUUCCCUUGUCAUUGCACGAUUGGGAUGUCGAUUUCGCGGUAUGGUGCUCAUAUAAAUACCUCAACUCGGGGCCUGGUGGAAUCGGCGGACUUUUUGUGCAUGAGAGGUGGGAAUCUACCAAAACGCCACAAUUUGCGGGUUGGUGGGGACACGACCCCACCACGCGGUUUCUGAUGCCCCCCGACUUUUCUCCGAUACCUGGCGCACAAGGAUUUCAGCAAUCAAACCCCUCAGUGCUCACUACCGUUUCCCUGCUCGGCAGUUUGCAAGUGUUCAAACGAGUGGGCAUGAUGAAACCACUUCGGGAGCGGUCAGUUUCGCUUACGGCUCACCUGGAGGUGCUGUUGCGUCAAACGGGAUUCUAUGUAUCCUCACAUGAGGCCGCGAAAUAUUCACCCGAUGAUCCUCCAAGAUUCACGAUUAUCACACCCGUGGAACGUGAAUCGCGAGGGGCACAGUUGUCACUUCUAUUUCUCCCGACCGAGUCAAAUGUCAUGGAGAGGGUACUCAGCCACCUCAAAUCGGCGGGAGUCAUCGGAGACGAAAGAAAACCAGACGUAAUUCGACUCACACCCGCACCAUUGUAUAAUACUAAGAGGGACUGCGAACGUGCUGCCGAGGUCUUAAAGAGAGCCUUUGAAGCGAUAAGCAAGUCGACUUAG